GGCGUUUGACAUUGAGGUUGAGGAGAGACUGCCAGGACCAAGUGGAAUGAAAAGUGGAAUGAAAAGUGGAAUGCCGGGAUAGACCACAGGAGGGAUGUCUGAUGUGAGGAGCAGUGAAGAGCAAUAAUGAAGGGGCAAUAGAGAUGGGCAUAUGUAUUUGGAUGACAAAAUUCCAAAAUAGCGGGGUUGGAUAUCUUCUUAUCAGAAUGCCAAGAGGUACUGCCUGGCUCACCGGGGGGAGAAUAGCCCCCCCCUCUGUCUCUGUCCUUCUUAGUAGGCCUGUGUCGGUUUAGAUGAACUGUGCAGCACCACAACUGGACGACCACCAGUUUCAGUGACAGUGCCUAUAUUCAGAACAGGGUCGUCGAAGGCAACGCUCAAGUGAGAUAGAGGGGCGGAGCCUUGAAUUAGAUCCAGUGUGAGCCCACGGAGAAGUAUUGCUCUGGUCUAGUGGCAGUGGCGUCUGAUAGAGGGUUGGUAUUUGUUGGUGCAGCGCACCAAAUCAAAAUAGAAUAGCUCACCCGUCCUUUGCAAAUCCCAAUUCGAGGAAACCUAACCGCUCUGAAACGGGAACGGGAGCUCUGCUCACCAACAGGAUCCUUGAGACAGACAGACAGCAGUAAAAGGGCUUGUUUGUUUCAGCAUUUCUUUUCCUUCCCGUCUUCAGCAAUCUCCCGAGUCGAGGGUCCUCUUGUUCGUUCAUCUCAGGUACCCGACAGAGCAGGCUGAGAGGCACGGACCAAGGUUGCAGGUGAACGACGGGCUGUUCUGACAGUGACAAGCGCCUGUGGCUACACAGCGUGAACCCUCUUUAACUUCUAGCCCCGCCAUUUCGGGGUCUUUGCCGACCUCUGUUGCAACCCAGAUUUUGGCCCAAAUUUUUUUAAGCUUGGCCCUCGACUUCGACAUCCAUCUCGGCUUUCCACCCGUGUCAUUUUUCUGCCUUUUCUGCCCGCCACACCCAUAGCUGUUGUCCUUGGACGGGCUGUUGAUGCGAUAGCACAUCCCUCACGCUGCCCAACAUGGACGCCACCGCAAUCAGAUCGUUCAUCGUCGCUACUCUCGAUGCCGACGCUGAUGUGCGAAGGCGGGCUGAGCUCCAACUGAAGCAGGCCGAAGAUCAGCCCAACUUUACAGACAUCCUCCUCGACCUCGUGUCUUCCGAGCAGAACGUCACCCUGCAGCUCCCAACUGCUAUCUAUCUUAAAAACCGGGUGAACCGCGCAUGGGAGCGUUCAGACCACAUCACGACCAACUCAGUAAUACCCGAGGAUGCGAAGGUGCGCUUCCGCGAGAGGCUACUGCCUGUGCUCGCCGGCUCUCAGGCCAAGGUGAGGCAGCAGCUUGUGCCAGUCCUCCAGCGAAUCCUCCACUUCGAUUUUCCUCAGUCAUGGCCAAACUUUAUGGACUACACGAUUCAACUACUGAACACAAACACCCCCGCCUCCGUAAUGGCUGGUCUGCAAUGCCUGCUUGCCAUCUGCCGGACCUACAGAUUCAAGUCACCAGAGGGUGAGACGAGGGCCCCUUUUGACAAGAUUGUCGAGGCCAGUUUCCCAAGACUUUUGGUCGUCUGCCAAGAGCUGGUGAAGCAGGAGAGCGACGAGGCUGGCGAAAUGCUGCAUAUCGCCCUCAAAUGUUACAAGCAUGCCACCUGGCUUGAGCUUUCGGAUUUCCUCCGCCAGAAUGAGGUUAACCUUGCGUGGUGCACCAUCUUCCUGGAGACUGUUUCCAAGCCGAUCCCCGCGACUGCUAUGCAGCACGAAGACCCCCUCGAACGCGAGCGUCACCACUGGUGGAAGGCGAAGAAGUGGGCGUAUUUCAAUCUGAACCGCUUGUAUAUCAGGUACGAAUCGGUGCUGGGUCAACUGACGGUGUCUCGUAGACACGGUAACCCUAAUUCUCUCAUGGACAAUGCCAGCGACGACCAGAAGAGAUUUGCGAAGGACUUCACAGCCCAGGUUGCGCCGACGAUUUUCAACCACUACCUGCAAGAGAUUGAGAAAUGGGUUGCCAAAACCACCUGGCUCAGCAGACCCUGCCUUUCGUACACCAUUGUGUUCCUGGACGAGUGCAUUCGACCCAAGGAGAUGUGGGCGCAUCUCAAAACUCACCUUACCACCUUGGUUACUCACUUUAUCUUUCCUGUUCUUUGCCUCUCCGAGGACGAUCUUGAGAAAUUUGAAGAAGAACCCGAGGAAUAUUUGCACCGCAAGCUCAACUUCUACGAGGAGGUUUCGGCCCCUGAUGUUUCUGCUACCAAUUUCUUGGUCACCUUGACAAAGGCGCGGAGAAAGCAGACGUUCGAAAUCCUCAAGUUUAUCAAUGAGGUGGUCACCCAAUACGAGGCGUCUGAACCGGACAAGAAGAAUCAUAUCGCCAAGGAGGGUGCUCUCCGCAUGAUCGGUACUUUGGCUCCGGUCAUUCUGGGCAAGAAGUCACCCAUCGCCGACCAGGUGGAAUAUUUCCUCGUCCGCUUCGUCUUCCCUGAUUUCAGCAACGAACAAGGGUACCUGCGUGCGCGUGCCUGCGACACUGUGGAGAAGUUUGAGCAGCUGAACUUCAAGGAGCAAAACAAUCUCCUGACUGUGUAUCGUCACAUUCUGGACUGCAUGGCGGAUCCCAAGUUGCCAGUCCGUGUGACUGCAGCUCUGGCUCUGCAGCCCCUGAUCAGACAUGACAUUAUCAGAACCAGCAUGCAGUCAAGCAUCCCAACAAUCAUGCAACAGCUCCUCAAGCUGGCCAAUGAGGCUGAUAUCGACGCUCUGGCUAACGUCAUGGAAGAUUUCGUGGAGGUUUUCGCUGCCGAGCUGACUCCUUUCGCUGUGGCGCUUAGUGAGCAGCUGCGCGACACAUACUUGCGCAUCGUGCGCGAGUUGUUGGAAAACAAUCAGCAACGGGAUGAUCUCGACAACGAAUAUGGGGACUACCUAGACGACAAGAGCAUCACCGCUUUGGGAGUGCUGCAGACCAUCGGCACACUCAUCCUUACUCUGGAAAGCUCGCCGGAUGUCUUGCUUCACAUCGAAGGGGUGCUCAUGCCUGUGAUUGAGAUCACCCUUCGGAACAAGCUUUACGAUCUGUACAACGAAGUGUUCGAGAUCAUCGAUAGCUGCACGUUCGCGGCUAAGCGGAUCUCCCCCAUCAUGUGGCAGGCAUUUGAGCUUGUCCAUGCCACCUUUAAGUCCGGUGCUGAGCUGUAUCUCGAGGACAUGCUCCCUGCCCUGGACAACUUUGUGCAGUUCGGUGCCCCUCAGCUUAUCCACAAGCCAGAAUACGUCCAGGCUUUGUUCUCGAUGGUGUCGGACAUGUUCAUGGAGAACAGGGUUGGAGGUGUUGACCGCAUUUGCGCCUGCAAGCUCGCCGAAGCCAUGAUGCUCAGCCUCCGUGGCCAUAUCGACGUUUGCGUUCACGGCUUCAUCACUAUCGCUAUGAACGUUUUGAGCGGACAGGAAGUCACGAUCAAGUCGUACAAGAUCCACCUCAUGGAGAUGGUCAUUAACGCCAUCUACUACAACCCCCUCCUGGCUCUCCACAUCUUGGAGACACAGGGCUGGACCAACAAGUUCUUCAGCCUGUGGUUCGGCAGUAUGGAAUCGUUCACCCGCGUGCAUGACAAGAGGCUCUGCAUCAUGGCUAUUGUUCAACUCAUUACUAUUCCCAAUGAACAAAUCCCGGCAAGCGUCGCGGUAGGCUGGCCUAGGCUUCUCAAGGGAAUCACGAUCCUCUUUAGCACCCUUCCGGCAGCUAUGAAGAUUACUGACGAUGAGGCAGAUCGCGAAGAGGCUCUCAGGGAUGACUUCCAACUCGACAGCUCAGCGUACUAUGACGAGGAUGAGGACUGGGACGAUGAUGGUGCUCAGUGGGAGGAAGGCGACGCAGCUGAGGGUGAACACAGUGAAAGCAAGGACGAGAGUACUGCGUACCUUGACUUCCUGAAUGAGGAGGCACAAAAGUUGCAGUCCGCCGAGGGUGAGGUCUCCGAUGAUGACCUGGGCGAAGACAGCGUACUUCUGGAGAAUCCUCUGGACAAGAUCGACCCAUACAUGUCGUUCCAUGUCUCUCUCCACAGACUUCAACAAGAACAGCCCCAAUUUUACGCCUCGCUUACUUCACAACUCUCGCCCGAUGAGCAAGCAGUGAUCACCCAUGUGUGCGCACAAGCCGAAGCGCAGGCUGCCCAACACCAACAGGCUGCCCUUGCGGCCCAGGGUGCUGGUAUGAAUGGUACAAGUUAGGAACCACCCUCUGUACUGCCGCCACUUCGGGACCGCAUAUUCCGACGAGUUGUUUGCUGAGUGGUCAAGGAUUAUCGGGACACACUUUCCAGCUCCAUCACUGCAUGGGGCUGCAGAAGGUGACGAAAGCUAUAGGCAGCUUCACCGCCGAUAAAUGAUCGUUGCAAUCUUGUGUCGCGGCGGUAUGGAUGCUCGGGCCGGCGAUCUAGCGUAUAUGGGCUCGCAGUCAACAGGGUGAAACACGCUGUGCUGCGUUGCGUAUAGCAGAGGCAUUUAUUAUAAGGCGCCUUGGGGAUAGACGUUUUAUAGGGGUGAGGCUUCGGUGGGCUUUUGUUGAUAGGAGCAUUGUUGUUAUUUUUAUUGUCACUUGCCCCAGCACCCCUUCUCUCUUCACCCAUUCCCCCAUUCCUAUUCCCCUUCCCCCCCCCCCCAACAACAACAACACAAUUCCCCUUCCAGCGAACAGAUUCAGGAGUGAAAAGCGACACGGCCAAGGGGUUAAAAGAAGAUUUAUGAGCAAAAGAAUAGACUAGGCUCCCACAACACAUUGAUGCCAAGGCAGCUGAAUACAAAGUCAAAAAAUAACUGAAUCAAAUGGUCCCUGUUGAUUGAUUUUCUUUCUGUCGGGCUUCUUGCCACCAGCUUCCUGCA